AUGUCAUCCCGAGGCCCUACUGCUGGCGCCCGCGGUGCGAACAACCGCUUUGCUCAGUUCAAGCUCGUCCUUCUCGGCGAAUCCGCCGUCGGAAAGAGCUCAAUAGUCCUGCGGUUUGUUAAGGACCAAUUUGACUCUUUCAGGGAGUCCACCAUCGGCGCCGCAUUCCUGACACAAACCAUCUCCCUCGAUGAGAACACCACAGUCAAGUUCGAGAUUUGGGAUACUGCCGGACAGGAGCGUUACAAAUCCCUCGCCCCCAUGUACUACCGCAACGCAAACUGCGCCGUCAUUGUCUACGAUAUUACACAAUCCUCAUCACUAGACAAGGCCAAGGCCUGGGUGAAGGAACUUCAGCGUCAGGCCAAGGAGGAUAUCAUCAUCGCCCUGGCUGGAAACAAGCUUGAUUUGGUUACCGAACAGCCCGAUAAGCGUGCCAUCCCCACCGCCGAUGCCGAGGCCUACGCCCGAGAGGCGGGUCUCUUAUUCUUUGAAACCUCAGCGAAAACGGCCGAGAAUGUUCGCGAGCUAUUCACUGCCAUUGCCAAGAAGCUUCCUCUAGACCAAGCUGGGCCUCGGCAUACUCGUCCCGGUCAGCGACCCGGCGUCAGUCUGACCCCCGAAAACGCAAACACCAACGUGAGCGGGCCAUGCAGCUGUUAA